AUGUCCAACUUCGAACUUCGAAAGCCGAGCACACGUGAACUCACUGGUGGUGAUCUACUUGCACAAUGUCUUCAUCACAUUGGAGUCAAGGUGGCGUUUGGUCUCCACGGCGGCCAUCUUGAUGCCUUUUUGAUGGGGUGUGAGUCGACAGAUAUCAAAUUGGUCGACACGAGGCAUGAGACAGUUGCGGUCCAAGCUGCAGAAGCAUAUUCUAAAAUGACGGGAACUACAGGAACAUGCUUUGGUAUGUAUUCAAAUGGGUUACCGGGCCUUGCAACCGCCUUCGCAGACCGCUCUUCUAUAUUCUGCAUCACUUCAUCACCUCCUCUAAGGGAUGGAGAGAACAACUCUCUUCAGGGCUCAAUUGACCAAGUCGUUGUUGCUAAGCCAAUCACUAAAUUUGCCCACCUAAUUACUCAUGCAGAGGACAUCCCCCGCCUCGUUGCUCAUGCAAUGAAAAUUUCCUCCUGCGGACCUGUGCUCAUCGACUUCCCGAUAGACGUACUGUUCUCGCCGAUUAUUGCGUCCCGAAUUUCAUGGGGCUCUAUCACAUCACCACUCCCAUACCCGCCCGGACCUCACACCAAAGCCAUUGAGAAUGCCACUCAAGCGCUUUUCGACUUUGUAGAGGCUACUCAAAUACCGCUGUUUCACAGCCCGAAGAUUUGCUUCUCUCUCCCAACGUCAAGCCCUUUGUAUGCCGGCUCUGCAGGCAAUCUAGCACUGCUCCCUCACAUGAAAUCUCCUACCCCGGAUCUGGUCAUUCUACUUGGUGCCCGAACCGGUAUGUACAUGGGCGGUCGUUCUGGAGCUAUCAUCCCAUCACCAGACUCUUGCAAACUUGUACAAAUUGACACCGAUGGCGGCGAGAUCGGCCGAACGCUGCCAGUGGAUCUCGGAAUUGUCUCAGACGCUACUGAAGCUCUGCUCGCCUUUAACGCUGCUCUUCCCAAGCACAACUAUGUUGCACCAAAUGAGUGGGUCAAAAUCGCUACUGAUCUGAAGAAUAUACCCAUGUCCUACGCCUCAGACCCAGAAAUUGUCGAGGGAAAGCUCCAUCCCUAUCACGCCCUCGCCGCCGUCUUCAAGUCAAUCCCAGACGGUAGCAUCGUCGUCACCGAUGGAGGUGAGUGUGGCGCCUGGGCUAGCGGUGCCGCUACCAUCUCAAACCCUCAUGCAAUCAUCUCGGCCACAGGCUACCUAGGCUUCCUAGGAAACGGCUUCGGAUACUCUUUAGGCUGCGCUUUCGCAGACCCUAGUCGUCUCAUUGUCAACAUUCAAGGGGAUGGCUCCGCAGGGUUCCACUUCAUGGAACUCGACACGUAUGCGAGAUUCAGCUUAAGGAUCCUCACGAUUGUGGUAAACAAUCAUGCGUGGGGGAUGUCUUCGAAUGGGCAGGAGCUUAUAUAUGGUACCAAGAAUCCCGCGAGACCUAUCAGUUCGCUGAGCCCGAAAACAGCGUAUGAUGUUGUUGCUCAAGGGCUAGGUAAUAAGAGCGCAAAGGUCGAGCAGUUGGCAGAUGUUCAGGGAGCAGUGACGAAGUUGUUGGCUGGUGACGGGCCAGGUUGCAUGAAUUUGAUUGUGAGCCGACGUCCUACGCAUCCAAUUACGGAGAGUAUGGUAGGCAUGACAGAGGAUGAGAAUAUGAUUGUUGUUCCUUACUACGAUAAUGUUCCUAGGCCAUACUACAGAAAUUAGGGGAAGGGGUUGCUGCGCGGGAUGUCGAUCAGGCGGG